CGAAGCCUAAGCAGGAGAGCAACCAAGGCGUCGCAUCAACCUCCUGAACCAGCAACGCUACAAAAGCAAAACGGCCGCACUAUUGCAUCGCGGCCAUGGCCUCUGGCGCAGGACCGGCUCUUGCUCACCGGAGCGUGGCCAGCAUCCGCUCAGCGCCUACGCAAGGCCCCCCGGGCCCGUCCACACCCCACACCCCGAGCCGCAACAUCGCAUCUGCGUACGGCUCACCGUCGACCAUCCGCGCCGACGAUGACAUUGUCGUCAUUGAGCUGGGAUCACGGCACAUCCGCGCGGGUUUCGCCGGCGACUCGAGCCCUAAGGCGACGCUGCAGUGCGGCCCCGAGGACCAGCGCCGCGUUGGCGACUUCAGGAGUUGGCAGGCCCCCAGGCGCCAUGCUGGGCUGGAUUGGGCGCCAGAGCAUGAGUUUUGGCGCUACGACUUGCGGGAUGUCGACCUGGGGCUUUGCCAGGAUAACCUCGAACGCGUGAUACGAGAUGCAUUCACCAAAUACCUGCUCAUCGAUUCUCGGCCUAGGAGGCUGGGUCUUGUGUUGGAUUCCGCUGUGCCAGUGCCCCUAUUGACAGCCGUACUGGACACAAUGUUCAACCGCUUUCAGUCUCCCACUAUUUCUCUCAUGGCCUCCUCGGUCACGUCAGCCGUCUCUGCGGGUGUCCGCUCAGCCCUGGUCAUCGACCUCGGCUGGGCUGAGACUGUCGUGACUAGUGUGUACGAGUAUCGUGAAGUAAAAAGCACGCGGAGUGUCAGAGGAGGGAGGCUCCUCUUGGACGCACUUUACAAGGCUGUGCAUUCGUUGAUGCGGCGAAAUCACACCGACGACGAAACAAGAGCCAUUAGCUUUGAUGAAUGCGACGAUAUUCUACGCCGUCUAAUGUGGUGCAGACCAUCCGCAUCCAAGUCAUCCCAAAGAGAUUCGGCCCAGCUGGAAACCGUCGAGGAACAAGACGAAUCCGAGGCAGAGUCAUUACAGGACGUACUACAGAUAGGCGUGGCCAACGUGCCCAUCAACUCAACAAACCCGCCAUCGACACUGGAAAUCCCAUUCGAGAAGCUGGCCGAGGUUUGCGACGACACAUUUUUCGAUCCUUCGGUGGACCAGACGACGUUCGAUGACCAUGAGCUCCCGAUUCACCUGCUUGUCUACCAACAUCUCCUACAACUGCCAUUGGACGUGCGGGCCAUUUGCAUGUCCCGAAUUAUAUUCAUAGGAGGGAGUUCCAACAUCCUGGGACUCAAGCAGCGAAUCAUUGAUGAUGUGACGGCCAUCGUCAACAAAAGAGGAUGGGCGCCAGUUGCCGGCAAGGGCGUGGACCAGCUACGCAAAAACCCCAAGCUGCAACGGAGAUCCAGCAGUUCGCCACUAGGAGACGGUUCUGCAUCGCCGUCCGAGACUAGCGAUGACCAAGAAACUACACCCCGUGGUCCUGCAGAUGCCCGUCCUGAGCCCGAUCAUAUCGAGGCCAAGGUGGCACGUUAUCGGGAAGCACCACCGCAAAUGCAUGGAAAGUUCCGUGUGCUACACUCUCUUGGACCAUGGACUGGAGGUAGCUUGCUAUGCCAGUUGAAGAUGCCCGCAAUGGCCAUUAUUGAUCGGGAGAUUUGGCUGCAACAAGGCGCCAACGGAGCGUCUCGACCAAACGACAUUGAUGUCAAGGCUCAGCAACGGCAGAGCGUGACUACGGGCGGCUACGCGAGAGGUGGCGGGGGACAUCACACUGCCUGGACUCUGGGGACCUGGGGAUAUCUGUAAAUGGGCCCAUUGGUUGUGAGGAUUGGACAGCUGGACCUCAAUGGGUGGCGUGAUUAUCGCAAUCGGCCGAUGGAUAAGAUAUCCACGGAGACACGUUGUUGAAGUAAAGCCUCCACGAUGAAAGGACAUGGACGGCGUCAACGACUAAAACAUAGAAAUGUAUUAGACCUGGUCUACGAAUAUACCCCUUUUGCAACGAUUCUUUGUCAACGGCCGCACC